AUGGACCUUUGCAUGCUGUCUUACAAACGACAAUUCAGGGAAGAAAGAAAAGUAACUGAGAGCGACAAGAGAACGUUCGCGAUGGUUUUCGAGAAGUGUGACGAGGACAGGAAAGGGUACCUCAACAGACAGGAUCUGAAGAUGGCAGUGGUCAUGCUAUUCGGGUACAAGCCAUCGAAGUCGGAAACCAACUUGCUCAUGGAUCAUGCUCUGCGUGCUAAUUUACCAGGUGUCCCAUUGGAUUUGUUUGUGUCUCUCAUGGGAAUGAAGUUGUCAGCGGAGGAUCGGUACGACAAGGCGCGGCAGAUCUUCAACGCGUUUGAUGUGCGCUGUCGAGGCUUUCUGACGAUGGAGGACUUCAAAAGGGCCUUCGCCCGGGCUGCCCCCCGUCUGCCGGAGAGAACGGUGCAGGAGGCGUUCCGGGAGGUGGACCAAGAUUCAGAUGGCCAUGUCAGCUUCAAGGACUUUGAGUGUGUCAUGAGCUACGCAGAAGCCAACCUCUAGCUGCUGAGCAACUG